GCUGUUGUAGUUUUUGCUUUGGUCCAGAAAGCAUUUUAAAGAAGUUGGACAAGUAUGGCUUUAGCAGAUAAGAGACUUGAGAACUUGCAGAUCUACAAAGUUCUUCAGUGUGUUCGGAACAAAGACAAGAAGCAGAUAGAGAAGUUGACCAAGCUUGGAUACCCUGAACUAAUCAAUUUCACUGAACCUGUCAAUGGCCACAGUGCUCUGCACUUAGCCUCAGUUUCCAAUGAUGUUGAUAUGGUCAGCUUUCUUCUCGACCUUGGUGCUCACCCUGAUGUGCAAGACCGAAUGGGCUGUACUCCAACUAUGAGAGCUGCAGAGCUGGGCCAUGAAUUGUCAAUGGAAAAAUUAGCCAAGGCAAAGGCAGAUAUGACUAUAGUUGAUCAUGAAGGAAGAGGUAAAAAUCCCAGCAUUCUAUCCAACAGAUGCAAUUCACCUUAUAGCCAGAAUCAAUAAAAAUGCACAUUUUUUGCUUUCCCAUUUUGGAAGUGAAUUAUGCACAGAUUGAUGUUAAAAGCUAGAUUUCUACUCCUGUGUGUAAGGAUACCGUCUUCCUAUAAUUUGAAAAUGAUAUAGGUAUAUCUUAGGGAAAUCUGUUUUGAGAGCUUUCUCAUUUAAAAUGAAAACCAGAAUUAGGUUAAUCUAUGUUUGUCCACAGGUCGCACUGCUUUAAUGGAAGCAUCACGAGAAGGAGUGUUGGAACUAGUUCGCGGGAUAUUGGAGAGAGGAGCUGAAGUGAAUGCAUUUGACAAUGAAAGACAUCACGCCGCACAUUUUGCUGCCAAAGGAGGCUAUUUCGAUAUAUUGAAGCUUCUUUUUGCCUACAAUGGAGACCUGGGGCUGAUUGCAAUGAAUGGGAACACACCACUUCAUUAUGCUGCCAUGGGGGGUUUUGCAGACUGCUGUAAAUACAUAGCUCAGCGAGGAUGUGACCUGAAAUGGAAGAACUUAGAACAUAAAACCCCCAGGACUGUGGCUAAAGAAGGCGGCUUCAAAGCAGCAAGCAAAGAAAUACGCAAAGCAGAACGAAUUGCUAAUAAACUUGCCAGGCCAGGAGCCAAAAAUCCUAAUCCACUCUGGGCCAUUAGACUACAUGAUUGGUCCAUAGAGCACGAGAAUUUCCUUCGGGAAGCCUUUUCGUUUGUGGACAGAGGCGAUGGGACAGUCAGCAAGGAGGACUUUGUGAUGGCGCUCGAGGAGAGGCAAGAUUUCGUGAACUCGGAACAGCUGUCUCUCAUAGCACAAUUUCAUGAAAAAUUCCGGGGAGGAGGGGUCAACAUUAAUGAUUUCUUUAAAGGAACAAAAUACUUAAGCAAGACUUAUGUCUUGGCAUCCUAUGGGCCUAAGAAAAAGAAAAAAGGGAUAGGCAAGAAAGGAAGGAAAGGCAAAUUUGUUUUGCCUCUCCCAAUUUGCUUUAUCCCUGAGAAUACAUUUCCACUGCGGAAAGAUGGUGGGCUGCCAUAUUAUAUGAUUGAAACCUACAAGAACAUAACUGAUUGCAAUCGCUUCAACCGAGAUCAUCCACCAGAGCAUCCCAUUCAGGAUGACUCUGCAUGGUAUGUCGAUGAUCCAGGGAAGGUAUUUGCAAACAUUAACUUUAUCACCAAGGCAGGGGACCUGGCUUCUCUGAAAAAAGCAUUUGAAUCAGGAAUACCCGUGGAUAUGAAGGAUAACUAUUACAAAACACCUCUAAUGACUGCCUGUGCAAGUGGAAACAUUGAUGCAGUCAAGUUUCUCCUGGAAAAAGGGGCUAACGUUAAUGCAACAGAUAAUUUUCUGUGGACUCCACUUCAUUUUGCAUGCCAUGCAGGUCAACAAGAUAUUGUUGAACUUCUUGUUAAAUCUGGAGCUAUAAUAGAUGCACCUUCAAUCAACAACUCAACUCCUUUAAGUAGAGCUAUUGAGAGCUGUAGGCUGGAUACUGUAAAAUACCUGCUUGAUAUUGGUGCUAAAUUCCAGCUGGAAAAUAGAAGAGGGCAUAAUGCCAUGGACGUUGCAAGGGCAUAUGCUGACUAUAGAAUAAUUGAUCUGAUUAAAGAGAAGCUAGAUAACUUGCCAAAACCAGCAGAAAAUCAAAAAGUGAAAAGCAAGCCAUCUGUUAAACCAAAGACUGAAGGCCUUGAACUUACAAAAGAGGAGGAACCACUUUAUUCAGUUUACACUGUAUCGACAAUAUUGGAGGACAAGAAAGCACAUAAGGAUAAUGUGGUUUAUCUCAAUUCUUUGAUUACCAGUGGUUAUACCAAGAAAGUGGACCUCACAUUUGUUCCACAGAGGAUUUGGAGUCCUGAGGCCACUACAGCAGACCUGAUCAGGAAGAGAGAACUGAUGCGAGAGCGGUUCACCUACGAGGUGGACUUUGACGAUUUCAUGAUGCCCUUUCAGAAGAACAUCACAGAGAAAGCUCGAGCAUUGGAAGCUGCCUUCAAGGUGUAA